AUAAAUUGAAGAAAGGGGGGAAAAAAUCAGCAGAUUAAUCAAGAUGAAAACAACCAUUGUCUUAAAGCUGGAGCACCUCAUUUUUGUGAUUUGAUUUUUUUUUUAUUUAUAACUACUUGACUGCUACACAAAUAUUUCCUUGCAAUAUACUGAAGUAUGAUAUGCCAUACAGUUAACAGGGCAUUCCAUAGCUUAAAAAACAAGAAACACUGUAAACUUUGAAUUUUAAGUGAAAAAGAUGUGUCCAAUUUAGGUUUUCUCCAGACAGGUGCAAAUAUUGCGAUUAUGAUUUUCCUCCACUAGGUGGCAGCACUUACUCAUGCUAAAAUCAGAGUGACACGUUCCUUAAUUGUUUUCAAGGUGGAAACAUUAUUGUCACUGAAGCAUCGACUGGUUUGUGUCCUCAGCAUGUGAAUCGUUGGUGUCAGUGAAACCUACUCAGUUUGCAUUUUGGAGAACCAGAAAUUCAACAUGGCAAUGAAUCUGUUCCCAGUGCUGCUGGUUAUUUGUCUUCCACAAUGGAGCCAAGGUAAACACUUGCUUCGUUUUCUGACCUUCUGUCAAAGGAAUGUGCAAAGUGAUGGCCAGUAUGAUAUUGAAUUUGACGGCGAUCAGCUCCUCUACGUUGACACGGUCACCAACCAGACAGUUCAGCGUCUGCCAGAGUUUGCAGAGCAGUGGAUUCCUGAUCCUGAACUAGCCCGAGACAAAUUUGAGUCCCUGGGUACCUGCGAGUACAACAUCCCACGAGCCAUAAAGGGAGAAAAUCAUCCUCCGGAGGCCAUAGUCAGUCCCACCUCCAUAAUCUACCCCAAGCAGGAGAUGGAACUGGAGGUCCCCAACACCCUCAUCUGUUUUGUCACCGACUUCCAUCCGCCUACAGUCACCAUCACCUGGACCAGGAAUGGCCAGAUGGUGGACCAGAGUGAGGUCAGCCAGACUCAGUACUACUCCAACAGCGACUUCAGCUUCUGCAUCUUCUCCUACCUGGACUUCACUCCGCAGGAGAACGACAUCUACUCCUGCAGCGUGGACCACAUCAGCCUGCGGGCGCCUCUCACCAAGUUCCUGGAUGUUACCACAGUACCCACAGACCAGCAGGUUGUAGAGACAGCAGUGUGUGUUGCUGGUGUGAUCCUGGGGCUGAUUGGAGUUGUCACAGGACUCUGGUUCAUCAUGAAAGCCAACAAGUCCUGCCAGGCGUAACACGCAUUAAGACAACUGACACCUGAAUUUUGAUGUCAGAUGUGUGAUCACGUUAUCUUUUUUCCCCAUGUGUUUUUCCUCUGGUUGCAAGGUGGAGUGAAAUGUAUUUUUAUCAUAGCUUUAUUUUAUUUUUACACCCGUAAUGUUUUAUGUUGUCUGUAUCUGUAUGCUUUUCUUUC